GUUGUGGGGCGUCACAGACAGUGAUGGUGAAUACCGGAGAAACUGCAAACUUCAGAUGUCAAUAUUCACAGGAUUAUAAGUACUAUGACAAGAUCGUCUUUAAGGAAGGAAAAUACUCAGUGAAGAAUAUCUACAGCAAAUGGGAGAAGAAAGAGAGUUUCAGUAUUUCUGACGACAAAUAUAAAAACCUCUUCAGUGUGAGAAUAACUCAUGUGAGAUCAGAAGAUGCAGGAGUUUAUUUAUGUGGAGUUCAGCGUUACAGAGAAUCCUACAGUUACUCCAUUAUUACUGCUGUUCAUCUCAACAUUAUGAAUACAGCUUUGUCACAUUUGUGGGUGAAUAAAUCAGUUUUUCUUGGUGAUGAAGUCAAUAUUAGCUGUCAGAUCCCAGAGGAACAUCAAGUCCAUCCAAAACUCUUCUGUAAAGAGGAUGAAAAUCACAUCUGCCAAAACAUCAACACAUCUAAAGUUAAACGGAAUGAUUUAUCUCCUAAAAGUGUUUUUACUGUGACCAUCAGUAAUGUGACAGUGAGAGAUGCUGGAGUUUACUGGUGUGGAGCAGAAACCACUGAGAGAGAUUUAACUUUCAUCUCUCUGACCACUAAAGUUCAACUCAAUCUGUUCAUGCCUCCAGUGUUUGGAGAUGAAGGAGGAUCUGCUCAGAUCAUCUGUCCUUAUGAUCCCAUCUAUAAAUCAAAGUCAAAGUAUCUGUGUAAGAGCUCCACUACAGAUAGAAAUCCUCUCAUUGAGACUGUGAGAGAUGAGAAUGUGAUGAAGAUGAACAGAUUGACUGUGAAUGAUGACAUGACAGCAAGUGUGUUUACUGUGAACAUCACUGGAUUGACAGCAGAGGAUGCUGGGAAAUACUGCUGUACAGUGAGAUUAGAAACAGAUGUGAUUUAUCUUUACACUCAUCUGAUUAUUAUCAUGAACGAGGAGAUGAUCUUGAAUAAACGUGAAGGAGACGACAUGUCAAUCCAGUGUAAACAUCAUGCUGAAUAUCAGAAACUCUUCUGUAAAGCACAUGAACCCUCAAUGUGUAUAAAUGAUAGAGUUUCAUUACAGUCAACGAGAGAUGAUGAAACAUCUGCUGGAGUCUUCACUGUAAACAUCAGUCAUCUGAGAGAAGAGGAUUCUGGGAUAUACUGGUGUGGAUCUCACAUCAUCACUAAAGUCAAGUUAAACGUCACAAGAGGUGAGAGAAUUUAUUUAUCUUGCAUCACAAGUCAACAAUAUAGCCUAUCAAUAAUUAGGUUACGGUAAUAUGAUUUCAGUCCCUCCUGACAUGAGAAACAUGUCAUCUUUUGAGUGCUGUUCACAAGCUUGUUCUCAGAAGACACUUUAUACUCUAUUAAGUUGAGCUCUUUAUACAGUAAAUAUGAAUACCCUGCAAGCAAGCCUACAAUGGCCCUUUAUGGGUCCACUUAGGGCUAUCCCAAGGGCCCCGCGCAGGUUUGCUCACUGGCAAAAUGU